CCAUCGCCUGCCUUGCCAGGAUAUCCGAAAGCACUGUUCGCCCCUUUCGAGGGUCCCCGACGGCCUCUUUCCGCCCUCUGAACCGGCAGGUAGCUGGACGGGCCCUCAGGGCCCGGCACAGGGACUCGAAGGACCCGCCCGCGCCCCGGUGGGCUCCAGGGACUCCGGCUUCCGCCUUCUUGCUGUCCUGGUUCUUUCCAGGGCCUCGCUCAGCCCCUGCUGCCCACCCCACUGCGACCAUGUUUGUUCCCUGCGGGGAGUCGGCCCCCGACCUUGCCGGCUUCACCCUCCUGAUGCCAGCAGUAUCUGUUGGAAAUGUUGGCCAGCUUGCAAUGGAUCUGAUUAUUUCUACAUUGAAUAUGUCUAAGAUUGGUUACUUCUAUACCGAUUGUCUUGUGCCAAUGGUUGGAAACAAUCCAUAUGCGACUGCAGAAGGAAAUUCAACAGAACUUAGUAUAAAUGCUGAAGUAUAUUCAUUGCCUUCAAGAAAGCUGGUGGCUCUUCAGUUAAGAUCCAUUUUUAUUAAGUAUAAAUCAAAGCCAUUCUGUGAAAAACUGCUUUCCUGGGUGAAAAGUAGCAGCUGUGCCAGAGUCAUCGUUCUUUCAAGCAGUCAUUCAUAUCAGCGUAAUGAUCUGCAGCUUCGUAGUACUCCAUUCCGGUACCUCCUUACACCUUCUAUGCAAAAAAGUGUUCAAAAUAAAAUAAAGAGCCUUAACUGGCAAGAAAUGGAAAAAAGCCGGUGUAUUCCUGAAAUAGAUGAUUCCGAGUUUUGUAUCCGUAUUCCAGGAGGAGGUAUCACAAAAGCACUCUAUGAUGAAAGCUGUUCUAAAGAAAUCCAAAUGGCAGUUCUGCUGAAAUUUGUUUCAGAAGGGGACAACGUCCCAGAUGCAUUAGGUCUUGCUGAGUAUCUUAAUGAGUGGCUUCAGAUAAUCAAACCACCUUUACAGAGUGAUGAAAAAGCAGCUACUUCACGGUGGAAAAUACCAAGUUCUUGGAGAUUACUCUUUGGCAGUGGUCUUCCCCCUGCACUUUUUUGAUCUGUUUUCCUUUUUAUACCUUAUACCCAAAACACUUAUUACCAACACAACUAUUAAACAUUCUAUACAGAAAAUUGUAUGAUCUGAGAAUGAAUUAGGAAAUUACUUUCAUGGCAGAUAUUAAAGAAAAAAAGAUUAAGGGUCAUGCUUUUCAUUAUAUACAACAAAUGUAAAUUUUGUAUAAUAAAAUUUUAUAUCCUAAGUA